AUGGCGACCAAGGGGGAUGCCUCUCGCGCGGCUUCAAACCGCUCCUCCCCGAUGCGCUUUAUCUCUGUCGACAAUGUCCUACAAUAUGCCUCCGAAAUCCCAUCAGGCCAGCCACGCGUCCCUCCCCAACGCGGCCCUCGCAGUAUAUCAGGGGUGCGACGAGUAAGUGGUGGAGGGCUUCCUAACCUUGCAUCACGUACAGGACAGCAGAACAUGCCGUCUCGAACCACGCGUAUUAGUGAGAAGCUGGUCUUGUUACCUGAGACGAUUGAUGAGACGGACGUAGCCGAUGAGGAAGCCGAGUCCCUCCUUCGCGAGGAUGAAACAAGACCAUUGAAAGACGAGGAGCUAGAUGUACUGAGGAAAAGGGGCGGCCUACGCGGGAAGAGCUAUGCGGAGCGACUUCCCAAGUUCGAAAGGACUGAGAAGUUGUCGAGGCUAACGGCAUACUGUACUGCACAGUCGUACAAGAUGAAGUCGACCUCGGAAUUCCUCCGCAAGAAACACGAUGCCAAGACCAAGUUAUAUGACGAUUGCCUAUACGCCGUAUACCAUAUCCCCCUAUUAUCUGGUGUAGACGGUUACCGCGUGAGAAGCCGACCGAUACUUAAGACUCCCGGUACCGGCAAGACAGUUCUUGAUCUCGAAAUCGAACGAAGCGAACGGAGAGAUGAACAUAUGGGAUACUACGAUGAAUACUAUGGGGAACGAGCUGGAAGUCCCAACCAGGAAAAUGGUGGUUAUCGUCCCGGGUCCGAGGAUAGGGGUCGGGAUUCCGAAAGUCACCGUUCGGAAGAUGAUCACCAUCAUUCCCUUAGUCCUAUUAACCGACUAGCACCUGAUGCUAAACAAUUCGCCGAGAUGUUUGUCUUCUCUUACGGUGUUGUUGUCUUUUGGAACUUUACCGAGGCGCAAGAGAAGGCUAUUUUGGCCGACAUCACGUUUGCGGAUAACGAAACGGGAGCGCCACUUGUCACACGUCCACUUGAUCAGAGUGAUGUCGAGACGGAGGAGUUCCACUUCGAGUACAAUGCGGACGUGAAGAGACCCCGAAUUUUCAAUGAUAUGAUCACGCUUCUUCCGCGGUCAGAUCACAUGGUCAAACUCACAAUUAGCCAUGCUAUAGCGCAAAGCACGAAGCUCUGCUUUUUUGAAGAACGAAUGUCCGAAACGAUGCUGGAUGCGCAGCACGUACCUAAGCGGCUGGCUCUUACGGGAGAGCUAAACAUGACGAGAACAGAGAUUGUGAUGAUACUAGGUCGUCUGUUCAAGAGCCGCGUGGAAAUUAAUCUCUCAUCAAAUAUCCUUGACGUCCCGAAUUUCUUCUGGGACUCCGAGCCUACGUUACACCCCCUUUAUGUCGCCAUUCGCGAAUAUUUAGAAAUCGAUCUACGUACUAAAGUACUUAACGAACGAUGUCGUGUUUUCCUAGACCUGGCCGAGAUACUAUCCGACUCCGUCGCGGACUCGAAGAUGAGCGCGAUAACAUGGAUCAUCAUCAUUCUUAUCGUCGUUAGUAUUCUCGUCACUGUGACCGAGGUGGCGUUGCGAUUCGGUAUUCUCUCCAAAGAGAGGAAUAGCGGGAAUAGUGUUACCACUCCGGAUGGUAUACUUGAGCCGGGAUGGGUUGCUGUGAGGUCGAAUGCGACACUAGAAGAAUUAAAACGGUGGGGUGUGACUCUGAGUGAAGAGGAGAAGACGGCGGUUUGCGGCGCGAAAUACGUUAGUACUACCUUUGCGGGUAUCUGA